AUGGAGGGCUAUAAUAGUAUGAUGAGAGUAGCUACCCAAAACAAUUGGUUAAAAGGCUUCAAGGUCCGCAACUCUUCAGGAAGGGAAAUGCAGAUUUGUCAUCUGAUUUAUGCAGAUGACACAAUUACUUCCAGUGAAGCCAAGGCUGAACAGAUUGCCUUUAUAAGAGUGACUCUGGUGGUUUUUGAAGCAGUCUCGGGUUUAUCUAUAAAUUGGAGGAAAAGCAGCAUCUUUCCAAUUAAAGAAGUUCCUCAACUUCAGAUCCUGGCAAGGAUAUUGGGGUGUAAAGUAGAACAGCUUCCCACUACUUACUUGGGCAUGCCAUUGGGGCACAAUCACAAGGAGCUAGAAAUUUGGGGCGGCAUAAUUGAAAAGACAGAGAAGAAAUUGGCCAAUUGGAAAGCUCAGUAUAUCUCUUUGGGAGGGAGAGUCACUUCAAUAAACUCUGUGUUGGACUCUCUUCCAACUUAUGUUAUGUCUUUAUUCCUUAUGCCUGCCAAAGUGGAAGAAAGACUUGACAAACUGAGAAGAGAUUUCUUGUGGAAGGCAAUAAAGAAGGGAAGGUUACAUAAGCAAUCUGGUGGACUUAGUAUCAGAAACUUGGGGUUGCAGAAAAGAUGUCUCUUGUCAAAAUGGCAAUGGAGGUUCAACACUAAGAAAGAAGCACUAUGGAGGGAGGUGAAUGGAAAUCGGGUCCCCAACUCUGUGAAUAGCAAAAAAGAUUCUAUCAUAUGGAAACACUCUAGAGAUGGUAGCCUUUCUGUUAACAAGCUAUAUAUUAAGGAGGUGAAGGAGCAUCCAGGUGGUAAGCUUGGCCCCUGGAAGCAGAUCUGGAGGAACAAGGUGCCAACCAAGCAUUAA